CGCCACUAUCACGUGGUACAAACCCGGAAACGUCCGUUUAUUUACAACGCCACAUAGCAUGACCUAACCAUCGUCAUCUGUCAGUAAGAUAUAUUUAUUAGCCAUUCAAACACUUUCUCGAAAUUAAAAUGGAAAACUACGACAAACAGUCAUUGAACGCAAUGCCUGGUCCUGUUCCUGAUUUCAGGGGAAAUGAUGGGUCGUUGGUGUCAGUACUGAGGACGUUGCUGAUCUUUACUAUUAUGAUGAUUACCUUGCCAAUAGGUUUAUACUUUGCCACAAAAGCUUAUUUGUUUGAAGCCUCCAUGGGAUAUUCCAGCAAUGACAGCUAUUUCUAUGCUGCCAUAGUGGCAGUUGUGGCCGUCCAUGUGAUCUUGGGUCUCUUUGUGUACGUCGCCUGGAAUGAAGGCUCCCGCCAAACCAGAGAGGGCAAGCAAGACUAGACGAGUCAAAUAUUUGUGUAACUGUGGUUCAGCAGAAGAGCACAGAAGACACAGGGCCUCUCAGAGGCCUGGAGCCCACAGACCACAAAUGCAUUGACCUGGUUGAAAUGAAAUGGUUGAUAUUUGCAGGGUUGUCUGUUGAGUCAUGGAGAUGUCAGUGUCUGAAGUGGCAGUAACUGGCCAGAGAGAAGAGCAACUGCAGAAUCUGCUUGUCCAGUUAUGGAAAUUGGGGACAGAAAUUGUUAAUAAAUCAGUCCCUAUUGCA